UCACCGUGGCUGUCAAACGUAAGAGAUUCAUUGUGAAGUGAGAAGAAGGCGAAAGAGAGUGAGUAAGAGAGGAAAAAAGCUAGAAAAUGUACACGAUAGACUAAAAAACAUUCAUUUUUUUUUUAAUAUCGGUUAAAUUUAAUUUGAUUUCAUCCCGUACCGAUUGAUUCCGAUAUUUAAGCAACGAUUCACACCGUUCAUACAGAAACAGUAAAUCACACAGUGGCCAAUUAUUUGUAUAGAAAUUUGUUCGCGUUCUAUCGCACGGAUAAACAAAACAAAACACACACAACAUUACAUUAACUUUAGUUAUUAGUGUAGAAAAUGCAAAAAUACGAAAAAUUGGAAAAAAUUGGUGAAGGUACUUAUGGCACCGUUUUCAAAGGAAAGAAUCGAGAUACACUGGAAAUUGUGGCAUUAAAGCGCGUUCGCCUCGACGAAGAUGAAGAAGGUGUGCCAUCGUCAGCACUCAGGGAAAUCUGCUUGCUAAAGGAGCUAAAGCACAAGAAUAUCGUGCGACUCUAUGAUGUUUUGCAUUCAGACAAAAAGUUGACGCUGGUAUUUGAGCAUUGUGACCAAGAUUUGAAAAAAUAUUUCGACAGUUUAAAUGGUGAAAUCGAUUUGGAUGUGGUAAAAAGUUUUAUGUAUCAAUUGUUACGUGGACUGGCCUUUUGUCACAGCCACAAUGUGCUGCACCGUGAUCUCAAGCCACAAAAUCUAUUGAUCAACAAAAAUGGUGAAUUGAAAUUGGCCGAUUUUGGUUUAGCCCGUGCAUUUGGUAUACCCGUAAAAUGUUACUCCGCCGAAGUUGUGACUUUGUGGUAUCGACCGCCGGACGUUCUGUUUGGUGCCAAACUAUACACAACGAGCAUUGAUAUGUGGUCAGCCGGUUGCAUAUUCGCCGAGCUGGCAAACGCUGGCCGACCUCUAUUUCCCGGCAGCGAUGUCGAUGAUCAACUGAAACGUAUAUUCAAAUUACUCGGUACACCAACGGAAGACACUUGGCCUGGUGUCAGUCAAUUAGCCGAUUUUAAACCGUUCCCAUUGUACCAUCCGACGACUUCAUGGAGUCAAGUUGUUCCACGACUGAAUUCCAAAGGUCGUGAUCUACUACAAAAAUUACUAGUUUGUGUACCAAAAAUGCGAAUUAAUGCUGAACAGGCGAUGGCACAUCCAUAUUUUACCGAAAACUAAAACCAAUCUCUUGUCAUCCGACUGAUUUCUAAACAAUGACAUCUUUUGAACGUUUGAAUUUUACCCCAACCAAUUUCCUUGAGAGAAAAAAAAAACAGACUUAAGACGAAAAACGAACGAUGUUCAGUAAUUUUUAUGCAAACUAUACGUAAGACCAACUUGUAAUAAUGGCCAUUCCGAUCCCAAAUGGAAAGAAAAACACGAAACAAAAAUAUAUUACACAUAAUUUAUGUGACAAACUGAAUUCAUUAUUAUAUUUGUGAACCAACUCUCUUGACGAUAUGAAAUGAAUGCAAAACUCUUUUCAAUUUUACAACGUA